UUUUCGUGGAGGUAACGGCAGCAAACAGCAAACCCAGGACAAAAUAAUUUUGUCAUGACCAAACGGUUAGCCGCUUGUUGAGUUCUGAAUGUUUAGUGUUUAGUGCAACAGGAGGUUGAGUACUUGAAAAUAUAAAUAUUCACGUCGGACACUUGGACGUGUAAGUAGCCAUUUACCUUUAAAGUUUUAAAUAUGAAUGCCCCACCGACGUUUGAAUCGUUUUUGCUGUAUGACGGAGAAAAAAAGAUAGUCAAAGAAGUUGAUACUAAAGUGACAAACGCAGCAAUUUUUACAGUCAACAAAGAAGAUCAUACUUUGGGAAACAUGAUCCGGAACCAACUACUUAAAGACCCUAAUGUACUUUUCGCCGGAUAUAAACAACCACAUCCACUGGAACAUAAAUUUGAACUUCGCAUUCAAACAACAUCUGAUUAUACACCUCAAGAUGCUUUAACUAACUCUAUAACUGAUCUCUUGGCUGAACUUUCUUUGUUUGAAGAACGCUUCAAGGAAGCGUUAAGGGAGAAAAAAGAAGGCCUUGAUUAAUAUGAUUAAGUAUAACAGAUUGUAAUAUAUUCUGAUAAGCAAAAAAAAUAAUAAAAUUAUUUUUUUAUUUUUACUA